AUGAGUGGUAAUGAUAGUAAAAUAAAAGAAGCUAAAUCAUGUAUAGCAAAAGCUGAAGAGCAUUUAAAGACAUCUAUCAUAAAGAUGAAAUUUAAACCUGAUUAUGAUAUGGCUGCAAUUGAAUAUGAACGUGCUGCAAUUUGUUAUAAAAAUGCAAAUGAUUUAAAAAAUGCUAGAGAUUGUUAUUUAAAUGCAUCUAAAAAUCAUAAUUUAAAUAGAAAUUUUUUUCAUGAAGCUAAGGCAAAAGAAAACGCAGCAUCAAUAUGUAAGGAUUUGAAAGAAAAUUUAAUUGCUGCCAAGUAUAUUCAGGAGGCUUGUGAAAGUUAUGUUCUUUCUGGUAGUAUGGAUACAGCAUCAUUAACCAUUGAUAAAUGUGCAAAAUGGUUUGAAUACUCAGACCCGGAGACAGCUAUUACAAUGUAUGAAAAGGGUUUAGCAUUAGUCCAACAAACAGAUAGAAGUAAGAUGGCUGCUGAGUUUAUGAAUAGAUUGGCACAUUUAUAUAUUAGAAGUGAAAAAUAUGACAAAGCAAUUAAAAUUGUUAAUAGUGAAAUUGAUAAGUAUCUUGAAACAAAAGAUUUUCUUAAAGUUGGUCAACUAUCAUUAUCAUUAACUUUAUUAGGUCUGGCUAAGGAAGAUACAGUUGAGACCUCAAAAUUACUUAAUAGAUGUUUCCAAGCUGAGGGAUUUGAAUUGUCUCAAGAAGCUGCUUUAUGUGGUAGUAUACUAAAAGCAUACGAGGAUGGUGAUGAUGAUUUAUUUCAAAAGUUACUUCAAAAUGGUCUUAUUCGUUCAAUGGAUAAUGAAUAUUUAAGGUUGGUAAAAAAAAUUAAAGUACCAGAUGCUAAUGGUGUUGAAAGCAGUGGUAUUACAUUUGAGAAUGAGGAGGACCUUAAAUAA